CUGAGGAUUCGUUAGCCUGGCCCAGCAGGGAGAGGCUUGGCCGCGGGGAAGGGACGGCAGGCUCACUCCGCAGCCCCGGCCUGGGCGGCCCAGAGUGACUUCGCCGUGCCCCCUGCGACGCACGCCCCGCCACACACAGACCCCGACACCCGUGCGGGGUGCCAGAUGUCAGAGAAGGACUCUUUCACCCAGCAGCCUUCUGAUUCCAGAGGAGCGUCUCUGAGCCGCGACCUGCUGUUUCCCCGGCGACUGAGCCUUCCAAAUAAACAGGAUUCUGCUCAGACAGGCCGGCAGUCCACUCGGCUCAGCGGUGCCCCGAGACAAGCCACGCUCACACCGGCCCGGCCGCUGCUGGCCGUCAGACCUGGGCACCGAGAGCUCGUGUGUGUCCCGGGGGGGCAGCGUGGGCUGCUGUCUGAAGGCAGGUCCCCUCUGCUGACAACCAAGGCCAGGGGGAGACGGAGAGCCUGACACUGCCCCCCCUCCCCGGCCUCCCCGCUUCCCACACAGCCCUGCGGGACGGUGGCGACUCUGUGGCACGGUCUGGAGGCGGACCGGCGACCUGAUGCGCGUGCCACGGCCCGUCCCCUCUCCCCACACAGAGCUGCAGUAACCCAGAAGCUCCGAGCCGGCGUGGGGCUGCUCGGGAAGCAGCUGCAGCACAGCGACAGUGACUGGGAGCAGACGGAUUCCCUCUCCCCUUGGACGAAGAGGCACAGUCCUCAGCCUGCAAGUUUUUCAGCCUUGAAAGCACCAUAACCAGCAGCUGCAGAGCCAUGGCUGAAGGGGAAAUCACAACCUUCACUGCCCUGACGGAGAAGUUUAAUCUGCCUCCGGGGAAUUACAUGAAGCCCAAACUCCUCUACUGUAGCAACGGGGGCCACUUCCUGAGGAUCCUUCCAGAUGGCACAGUGGAUGGGACAAGGGACAGGAGCGACCAGCACAUUCAGCUGCAGCUCAGCGCAGAAAGCGUGGGGGAGGUGUAUAUAAAGAGCACCGAGACUGGCCAGUACUUGGCCAUGGACACCGAUGGGCUUCUGUACGGCUCAACACCGAAUGAGGAAUGUUUGUUCCUGGAAAGGCUGGAGGAAAACCAUUACAACACCUACACAUCCAAGAAGCACGCGGAAAAAAAUUGGUUUGUUGGUCUCAAGAAGAAUGGAAGCUGCAAACGCGGUCCUCGGACUCACUAUGGCCAAAAAGCAAUUUUGUUUCUCCCCCUGCCAGUGUCCUCUGAUUAAAGAAAUCUCUUCUGGGUGCCGACCACUCCAGAGGAGGCUGAGCGGUCCUCACCCAGUUGACCCCAGAUUAUUCCCUUGACCAAUGGCUGCACUAACCCCUGGCCCACAGAGCCUGAAUAUGUAAGCAACGCGCUUCUAAAUGCCCAGUUCACUCUUCUGCAGAGCCCUUUACCCCAGCACAGUUUGGAACAGAGGGAUCAAAUUGCUUCUAGGGGCCAACUGGCUGGUCAGUCUGGGUGUGUGGAUGUUCAGUUGCCUACAGGCACCUGCUGUAGGCUCAGCCUCUCAAUGCAAAGGUGUGGCCAAAUGAAAUGUGUUCAGGGGGCUGCCACGUGGGUCGUUAGUAACUGCAUACAAUUCCUUCUACUGAGUAAACUCUGAUUUCCCCCAAACAUCUGGCAUGAAGCCCUCUCGUCCUUUCAAUACCCCCACGUAUAUUAGCAGAGAAGCUUAUGGCUAGGUUAGGGGAAGGUUGUGUUCCAUGAGUAGAAACUGGGAUGAAGAAAUCCACCCCCUCUCCAAGAACAGAAGAGACCAAAAUGGCAAGGGGAGAUUGGGUUCUGGUGGUCAGCUUAGAAGGAUGGGUUUUCCAUGCAGAAUAAACAAAGGAUGGGAAUCCUAGCCUCAGGAAAGCAGAAUAAAUGCCUAGCUUUGGAAGUCCUUA